UUCACAGUCUCAUCACAAGGAUAAUAUUCGAAGCUUUUUUUACUUUAGUAGUUGAGGAAUCUCUCAAAUAAGUUUAUUUGAAACUAUUCUUGCAGUAUUUAUCCCGCAUGGUAUUUCAAUCAUCCGAAACUAUAUAUAUACCUCACUCUCUUCUAUUACUAAAGCACCAAAAUUCACAUCAAUGUGGGGUUCAUCCAAAAACACCUCCAUCAUAUAUAAUUUACAUGCAUAUCAAUAUUAAAGAGACACACAACAAUUGAUGAUUAUUUUAAAGCCAGCUUCCCACUACUAGCAAUCAUUUCAAACCCAUCAAUCUCUCCACAAUCUCACAAAACCCUCCUUUUAUGCUACCAUCUCUCAGCUUCCCUCCCUCCCUUAAAUACCUUCAACACCAGUGACAUAAAAUUCAAACAACUGGUUGCAAAAACAGACACUUAUUUUUCAAGGUCUCUUAACCAUGUCCAGCAUUAGUACAGGGGUGCUCUCAGCUGACCCUGCAGCUGAUAAGAUACACAAGAAAUCCUUCCACCGAAGGAACGAUUCGGGUGAGCUCGAUGUGUUUGAAGCUGCAAGGUACUUCUCUGGAUACAAUGAAGCUCCCAGCAGCCAUAACAACAACAACACCAACACGUCGACGUUUUCGCAGAAGAUGAUGAAAGAAGACAGAUCAUGGAGAGGAGGCAGAAUUAGCCUUGACAUUCCUAUUAGACACAUGCUUCAUCAUCCUCAACAGCACCCUCAUCAUCAUCACCAUCAUCAUCAUGUGGUGGUGGAAAAGCAAAACGUCAAAGACAAGAAAUACAAGCAGCCGAGCUCUCCAGGUGGGAGACUAGCUAGCUUCUUGAAUUCUUUGUUCAACCAAUCAGCAUCUAAGAAGAAGAAGUCAAAAUCCAGUACCACGCAGUCCAUGAAAGACCAUCAUGAGGAGGAGAGUCCUGGUGGAAGGAGGAGAAGGAGGAGCAGCAUUAGUCAUUUUCGAAGCUCGAGCACCGCAGAUGCCAAGUCCAUAUAUUCUUCAUCAAGUUCAGGUUUCAGAACACCUCCUCCGUACAAUUAUGGACAAACAGCAGCCUCAAAGAGCUGCAAAGACUUGAGAAGCUAUUCAGAUCACAAGCAGCAAAACCUGCAGCAGCAGGUGGUGUCUUUGUCAAAGUACAAUACUAAUGGACAAGUAAAAUCCACAGCAGCCUUGCAAUAUGAGGAGGUGGUCCUGGAUGACAAGAAAUCAAACAGAGAACUGUCUUGGUUGGAUCACGAGAAAUUCAAAUACAGUAAUGGGUUGUCAGAGAAGUACAAGAUUAGUUCAGAUCAGGAUCACAAGGGGUUGCUUAAAAGGCUCAGUGAGGUUGUUGAUGAUGAUGAUUAUGAUGAAGGUGCAGAUAGUGAUUCAAGCUCUGAUCUUUUUGAGUUGCAGAACUAUGACUUGGGUUGUUACUCAAGCGGCUUGCCCGUGUAUGAAACUACAAAUGUGGAGAACAUCAAGAUCAGAUCAUCAGGAACACCAAUUUCCAAUGCCUCAUCCUGAUGUUUAAUAUUUAUUCCAUUGCCAGUUGAUAUGUGACAUGAUAUAAAAUUAUGUUAGAUAUUGGAUUAUGCAUUUGUGGUUGAGAGAAGGAAAUUGAAUUUCCUAGAUUUUGCUUCUUUGUUUUUAUUUCUCUUACCUUCUCUCUGAAAGUUAAUCUUCCAAUGUUUUUUUCUCUGUAUGUACAGCUCAGAAUGUUUGUUUGUC